AUGCCUGACAAGUAUUUUGGUUUUGGCAAGCAAGCCAAGUUAGGUUUUCAAUUCGUAUCCAGUUUCGAUAAACAAGGAUUUUCGAUUACUGAAGUUAAAACUGGGUCUUACGGUAAACUGAUUAGUAGUUCAGUUCCUAAAAUAAUUAAGCAAUUAGUUGAUGAUGGUCAUAAUGUUAUUAUCGAUGAAGUGGAAUGUGAAUUAUCCCUCAUGGAAGAAAGAGAAAUGUUACGGGGCGACCGCUCUUUGGGUCUUGCUCAUUGUGGGGGACAAUUGUUGGUUAUUCCUAACAAGGAAAAAUUUACUGACAAUUCUGAAAAAUUCGUUCCGGUUGGGACUUUAGCCAAAAUUAGUUUAGACAUUUCAACUGAGGCUGAUCCAGAGUUAGUUAUCAAUUCUCUCAAAGAAAUUCAAUUGCGAGAAUUAGAUGAAGAAUCACUUGAUAAAUUAACUGAAAAAUUUGUUCGUCAUCUUCCAGAUAUUUUAGAAAAGUCCAAAUUAAGUUCGGUCGAGAAGUUGCCUUAUAUGACGAUGAUGCGAGAAAAAUUAAAGGCUAUUGAAAGAAAACUGAGGGGAAAAGAAGGGCACGGAAGUAGCGAAAUGAGUGAAUAUUUGGAACGAUUAGGGAAAGAUCCUUAUCCCGAAUAUGUAAAAAAAGCUGCUUACAAGGAAGCCAAACGCUAUGAAAAAAUGCACCCUAGUUCAAAUGAAGCUUACAUUGUUAUACAAUAUGUCGAUUGUAAGGAAACUAAUGAUUUAAAUCUAGUUCGGCAGAAAUUAGAUGAAAAACAUUAUAACUUAACUAAAGCGAAAGACGAAAUUGUUUGGCAUUUAGCAGCUCAACAACAAGCUGACAAACCUUUAGGAGAGAUUUUGCUUUUAACCGGUCCGGCGGGGGUUGGUAAAAGUUCGUUUGCACUUUCAGUAGCUGAAGCUAUGGGGCGAAAGUUUGGCGAAAUUUCUUUAGGAGGAGCCUAUGAUGUAAAUUUAAUUCAAGGUUUUCGACGUACUUAUGUAGGAUCUAUGCCAGGGCGUUUAGUACAAAUUUUAAAAGAAGAAGGUGUAGUUAAUCCGGUAAUUUUAAUUGAUGAAGUUGACAAAGUGACCCAUGAUAGUCAUCGGGGUAGUCUCCUAGAUGCCUUAUUGGCAGUAUUGGAUAGUGGUCGAAAUAAGAAAUUUGUUGACCAUUAUUUAGAAGUUCCAAUCGAUCUUUCCCAAAUUAUGUUUAUCUGCACUGCUAAUAGUUUAGAUCUACCGCGACCGCUUUUGAAUCGGAUGAAAAUCAUUCCCCUUUCUUCCUAUACUGAAUUAGAAAAAUUCCAAAUUGCUCAAAAAUACUUGAUUCCUAACAAUUUAAAGAAAUUUAAUUUACAAAAGGGCGAAAUCAUUUUUCAAGACCAAGCUGUUAUGGAUAUGAUUAAGUAUUAUACUUGGGAGGCGGGAGUACGUAAACUAAAUAUGGAAAUUCAAACCAUUAUUAAAAAGUUUAGCGAACAAUUUAUUAAAAAAGAGAAAGAAAAAUUAGUGAUCAGUUCCGAGAACUUAAAAGAUUACUUAGGGAAAAGAAAACACGAAUUUACCGAAAAAGAAAAAAGUGCUCAAGUUGAAGGAGAAUUAGAAGUAACGGGUAAUUUAGGGGAUAUUAUGAAAGAGUCGGCUCAAGUGGCAGUUAAUUACAUCAAAUCUAACCAGCAGAAAUUUGGGAUUAAUGCUGAUUUUUUUUCGCAGUAUGGCAUUCAUAUUCAUGUUCCAGAAGGAGCUACUCCCAAAGAGGGACCUAGUGCUGGAAUUGCUUUAACUUCAGCUCUUCUUUCCGCUCUAACUAAGCAAGCUAUCUCUCCUGAUUUAGGAAUGACCGGCGAAAUUACUCUACAUGGUAAAGUUAAAAAAAUCGGUGGCUUAAAAGAAAAAGCGAUUGCGGCUCAUCGGAGUGAAUUAAAAACCAUUGUAAUUCCAAAAGAAAAUGAGAGAGACAUCGAAGAUAUCCCGAAGGAAAUUAAAGAAAUUCCCGAAGAAUCAGCCGCAAAAAACUCCAAAAAGCUAAAAAUUAUUGUGGUAGAAAAUUAUGAAGAAGAUACACCACCUAACAAAUUACAUGCCAAGGAGUUUGCGGAGGGAAUUAAAAGUAAAUUUCACCAGUCAAAAAAUAUUGAAGUAGAAGUUUUGGAUAAAAAACAAAUUGAAAAAAAUAAAAUGGGUUUAUUAUUAGCGGUCAACGCAGGUAGCCACCAUGAGCCAAGAGUAGUUAUUUUGCGCUACUUGGGCGACCAAAAAAAUAAAAAAAAUGUGCUGGGGUUAGUCGGCAAAGGGAUAACUUUUGACAGCGGCGGUUAUGAUUUAAAACCUUCGCAAUAUUUACAGUGUAUGAAGUUUGACAUGUCGGGAGCUGCCGUGGUCUGUGCUUCUUUUCUGGCUCUAAUUCAAAAAAAGCCAAAAAUAAAUGUAGUAGCAGUGGCUUGUUUAACCGAAAACGCGAUUGGUGGACACGCUACUCUUACCGAAUCAGUAGUAACUUCCAUGAGUGGUAAAACGGUAGAAAUUAAUAAUACUGAUGCCGAAGGUCGUUUAGUUUUAGCAGAUGGAAUUACUUACGCUAUCCAAAAGGAAAAAGCCACUAAAAUAAUCACCGUGGCUACUCUAACCGGAGCUUGCGUCCUAGCUCUAGGAGAAAACACAACCGGAAUUAUGACUAAUAAUCAUGAUUUUUACCAGCAAUUUUCCCAAGCUAAAUUGCCACUUUUACCCGAAAAUGCUAAAAAUUUAAAGGAAAACACUACGAUUGCUGACCUUAGUAAUAUCAGUAGCACCCGCUAUAUGGGAGCUUCCAACGGAGCUGCUUUUUUACAAGAAUUUGUAGAAAAAUUGCCUUUUAUUCAUUGUGAUAUUGCCGGAACCGCUUGGAAAACUAAGGCCAAACGGGGAACGGGGGUUAUGAUAAGAACUUUAAUUGAAUUCAUUUUGGGAACUUUUGGAGGAAUUGCUGAAAAAACUGGAAAGUGGACUGACAACGUUCCAGAACAAAUAUGUAAUACUGAAACGGAAACGAAUUACAAGGAUUUAGGAAAGGUUAAGGUUACGGAUGAUGUCUCACCUAAAAAAAAGGAUGAAGUAAAUGAAAAUGAAAUGGAACUUGCCCAAAAAGUGGAAACCAAAACCUCCGCCUGA